UGCAAUACCCAGCCCUCAUAUCAACUCCGUCCUGAUGAAGGAGGCCGACGCCAUCAAGCUGUUCGUGGGGCAGAUUCCUCGGAAUCUGGAAGAGAAGGACCUCAAGCCCAUCUUUGAGCAGUUUGGCAAGAUCUAUGAGCUAACUGUGAUUAAGGACAAAUACACCGGCAUGCACAAAGGAUGUGCGUUUCUGACGUACUGUGCGAGAGAGUCGGCACUGAAAGCCCAGAGCGCUCUACACGAGCAGAAAACGCUACCGGGGAUGAAUCGGCCAAUCCAGGUGAAACCAGCUGACAGCGAGGGCAGAGGAGAGGACAGGAAGUUGUUUGUAGGCAUGCUGGGAAAGCAGCAGAGCGAUGAGGACGUCAGAAGACUGUUUGAGCCCUUCGGCAGCAUAGACGAGUGUACUGUGUUGAGAGGACCUGACGGCACUAGCAAAGGGUGCGCUUUUGUAAAAUACCAAGGACACGCUGAAGCCCAGGCUGCCAUCAACAGCUUGCAUGGAAGCCGCACAAUGCCCGGAGCGUCGUCCAGUCUGGUGGUGAAGUUCGCCGACACAGAGAAGGAGCGGGGGCUGAGGAGGAUGCAGCAGGUGGCCUCCCAGCUCGGCAUCUUCAGCCCCAUGACCCUCAACUUCCCCGCCUACAAUGCCUACACGCAGGCGGUCAACGCACAGGCAAGCAGUGCACGGACGCACAAAUACUCUCUUGUCCAACAGCAGGCCCUGGUUGCCCAGUCAGCGUACUUGUCUCCUGUGGCAACAGUUGCCGCCGUACAGAUGCAGCAGAUGGCGGCGCUCAAUGCCAACGGAAUCAUUGCCACACCCAUUACAUCCAUCACGCCGUCCUCGGGUACAAACACUCCACCAACUAUCGCAGCAACCCCUGUGCCAUCUCUCCCUCCGCCAUUAGGAGUGAACGGUUACAGCAGUCUGCCAGCCCCCACCAAUGGACAACAAGCAACAGAAGCACUAUACACCAACGGCGUUCACCCAUAUCAAGCUCAGAGUCCAGCGGCCCUGGACCCCCUUCAGCAGGCGUAUGCAGGCAUGCAACACUACACAGCGGCGUAUCCUGCUGCUUACGGAUUGGUCGGGCAGCCGUUCCCCCAGCAGCCAACACUGGUUGCCCAGCAACACCAACAGCCCCAGCAACAGCAGCAGAGAGAAGGUCCAGAGGGCUGUAACAUCUUCAUCUACCACCUGCCUCAGGAGUUCAGUGACUCUGAGAUGCUGCAGAUGUUCCUGCCCUUUGGCAAUGUCAUCUCGGCUAAGGUGUUUGUUGAUCGCGCCACCAACCAGAGCAAAUGCUUCGGAUUUGUGAGUUUUGACAACCCAGCCAGUGCUCAGGCCGCCAUUCAGGCCAUGAAUGGCUUCCAGAUCGGCAUGAAAAGACUCAAAGUGCAGCUGAAAAGGCCCAAAGAUGCCAACCGCCCAUACUGAGUGACAACUGAGAGGAGGAAGAAGACAAAAAGAGAGGUGACCUUUCAGAGUCCAGCCGAGGUGGAAUCCCAGGGUUCAUAGCGCUUUCAGAUUGUCUGCUACCUUUGAGCGUCCGGGGAGAACAGCCACACACACACUGACACACACUCACAUGAAUACACAUGCGCUCGCAACACUGAACCUCGUAAACGGUACAAGGCUGAUAUACAAAUGUACAUAAAGUGCACAAACACACACACACGCCUGCAGACACUUACAAAACACACACGGUUCACACCAGUCAGUAAUCUUACCCAUACAACCAGGAGUUCGGUUUGACCACGGUCUGUGUGGAGUUUGCCAACAGGGUGUUUAGUACAGUUAAGACAACUCAGACUGAGCAUGUAUGGAAGAUACUGAUAAAAAAAAUGCUGAUAUAUCACUUCAAUAGACUUUAACAUGUCUAUACCAUGUCUAUUCCAUGACAAAUAUAAAGGGGCCGAUGUUUCAUAAUAAAAAAAAGAAAGAAAAUACAAAAAAGAUGACUAAAUGAGUAGGUUAGAGAGAGACUUUGGAGAAAAUCCUAAUGACCUGUAAAUAAUUUAGUUUACAAAGAGCAGCAUUUAAAAAACAAGAAAAAAUGCAAAAAGAAUACUACUUUAGAUAAACACUGAAAAGGACACAGCGACAUUAUUAUUAUUAUUAUUAUUAUUAUUAUUAUUAUUAUUACUAUUACCACUAGUAACAUCUUCAUCCUCAAAGGGAUAUUACAUUCCAAAUUGUAAAAUGGGAAAUCACUAACCUAUUUUAAAUUUCUACUUAGAUUUUAGGUGAAACU